AUGUCUUCUAUUGGCCCCCAACUCCCUCCGCACCUGCAAAACCGCAAGAGAAGCCUUGAUGAAGACGAAGAUGAAGACGCAUCGUCCGAUUCCUCGACCGGCCCCCUUCCUCUAGCAAAACCUGCGCAAGAAACUACAAACCCUUCCCCAAAGCGGCCUCGAGUUGCAGGUCCGACCCUCCCACCAGCACCUUUAGAUGAACGCCCACCCUCAAGUCCUCCACCAACAGACGAAGACCACUCGGACACAGAUGACAGGGACGACGAUUUCGGCCCCAGUUUACCCUCAACCAACGACCACCCUACCAAGUCUUCGACGUCUCCGUCGAUAGGUCCGCGGACCUCUACGGACACAGUGUCGGCAGCGCCAAUAAAGCGUGACGAAUGGAUGACAAUAGCACCGUCUAACGGAGACUGGUCGGCAAGAGUUGAUCCCACCAAACUGAAGAAUCGUAAAUUCAAUACCGGCCGUGGAGCCAAGGGUCCAUCACAAGUUACUGGAGGCUCAGGAGAUUCUUCGUGGUAUGAAACACCCGAGCAGAAGCAAGCAAGAUUAAAGAGGGAGGUCAUGGGCAUCAACGAUGCUUCUACGUCGGCCAGGUCGGCGAGUUCUGGUUCAGCGAGAAAUCCUCAUGACGAAGCCACAGCGCGAAGAUUGAAGGAAUACAAUGAGACUCAACGGGGACCAUCACUCUACUCCACCCACACGGCGUCCCAGGACAAACCUCUGGACGAUGAUCCCAGUGCUCGUGCCUUUGAUCGAGAAAAGGAUAUAGGGUCGGGUUCGACGAUCACCGCCACUCAGCGAAGGGACAUGGUCAAGAAGGCCUCAGAUUUCUCAUCGAGAUUCGAGAAGGCGAGGUAUUUGUGA